GCGGAAGCUGUUUUACGUCCCGAGCGUUUGGCUGCUUCUAUUUGUGUGCUCCCUUCGCUAAGGAUUAUCAGAUUGGUUCGUUCCAAACGGCAUUAGUGCUAGCACUGCCGCAGCUGCAGUUACAUCAAAGCUUUUACCUCUGCAAAGUCAGAUCGACUGGAAAGUCUGGAUUAAACGGUCACGUAUAUUUGCAGCCGGUAGAGUACCGUUUUGUGUGCAUUUUUGCAGGAUACAUUUAAACAGACGGCUGAGCAAAAUUACCAUCAAGGGUAAGUCAAUGUGUCGAACAUAACCUUGGACAAAGAAACGUAGAGUCCAGUUAUACAGAGAUGUGACCAUUUGCGUGAAAAAGGAGACGGCGACACAUGAACAUUUGUGAAUAUUUUGCACGGAAGAAUAUCUAACUGGAGGAAGCGAGUAUCCUAUCCGCAGCCAUAUCCGCACAACUGCAGUCAACAACAUCACCGACCUGUCAAAUUUGCUGCAACGAAGAGCCGGGAAUUGCACCGAAUUGAUUUUAGAAGCGUUUGCGUAACAGUGAUUACAUAACGUAACGCAUUUGCCGGAAUUGUCAUAUGAUUAGCCAGCUUUAUUGUGUAACUUAAUUUCCUAUAAUGGCUUUUGUGCUUUCGUUUGAGCUCGUUGAAAUGGUGCACUGAAUUCGGGGGGCUUCAUGCAAUCGCCCAGUGGUUUUCUUCAGAGGCUUCAGUAGGCAAGGUAUUUGUUCGUCUUCAUUUAAGAUAACACGAAUUCGGCGAUUUAGUGAACACAACCUGAAAGUCAAGCGGAAUAAUGGCCACUCUUCUACGGAAAAUAGGUCUCAUUCGGCUUCAUGACCGAGACACGGAGGAUCCGAAGCAUCACCAAGGCUCCCUCAAAGGGACGAAAGGAAACCAGAAAAAUAACAACAUUAAGCACUGCAACACCAGCAACAACGAGAGCAACAUUCUCAGCACUCCCGAAAUAAAAACGAAGAAAUCGGAGCAAUCCAGUAAGGACAAGCCGACCGGUAAGGAUAAACAGGGCAAGGACAUGAAGGAAAAACAACAAGGAGGUGGCAAGGCAACCAGUACCUCGUUACCACCGUUAGCGCCGCACAGACAGCAUUGCACCCAGGUUCGGACGAGAAGAUUGAUGAAAGAACUGCAAGAAAUCCGGAGGCUAGGUGACAACUUUAUAACGGUCGAAUUGUCUGACGACAACCUCUUUGACUGGAAUGUGAAGUUACACCAAGUGGACAAAGACUCGGCUCUCUGGCAGGAUAUGAAAGAAACCAAUACCGAGUUUAUAUUGCUGAAUGUGUCUUUCCCCGACAAUUUCCCUUUCUCCCCACCAUUCAUGCGGGUCCUCAGCCCCAGGUUGGAGAACGGCUACGUACUCGACGGAGGAGCUAUUUGCAUGGAGUUGUUGACACCCCGCGGAUGGUCCAGUGCGUACACAGUGGAGGCGGUGAUGAGACAGUUCGCCGCGAGUCUCGUAAAAGGACAGGGCCGGAUCUGCAGGAAAGCGGGGAAGUCCAAGAAAGCCUUCAGCCGCAAAGAAGCAGAGGCCACCUUCAAGAGCCUGGUGAAGACCCACGAGAAGUAUGGCUGGGUGUCCCCUCCCGUGUCCGACGGCUGAGAUACCCCCGCGACCGCUCAACCGAACCCCCCCCCCCCCAUCCCACCCCCCGGGCCUGCUCCUUUCCCACCAAACUUUAAAAAAGAAAAAAAAAAAAAGAAAAGAAAAAGCUACCAUCCCGUCCCCAAUGCCACGCGUCUCCCAUCGUAUUCUUUCAACGUACUCUCAUCCAGGUGCCCCCGGAGCACACGGUGACAUUUUUUAUUUAUUCAUGAGCAGAUGUGUUUACAGGUAAAUAUCGCCUUCGGCGGAUCGUGUUACACAAACUGGAUCUGGCCCUGCAGAAGUGAUAGUCCUGCUGAUGUCAAGAAGCCCUCCUUCCCACUGACCCUUCCUCCCUCCCACCUGAUAAUUCCUCCCACCAGACCCUUGGCCUUAUGUGUGUUUGCCCUCCUCCUCCUCCUCCUCUCUCUUUCUCACUAUGUUCCAACGCACUGCCAUGAACAGCAUCAGAGUUUCCAUUCACUGCUGCUCCUCUCAUUUCCAUGCAAAUCAACUGUUAAUAUUUAAUAGACAGGCAGUACGUUCCAGGUUCACCUUUUUUUUUUUUUUUUUUGCUGUGCUUUUUUUCACAGUUCAAUGCAACUUGAAGAUUGUAAUUUAUGUGGAGCUGUGCUCUUUUUCUCUCUCACUCUCUCUCUCUCGUUAUCUCUGUCUUUUUGUCUCUUGUGGCUAAAGUUAGACAUCACUGUGUUACGUAGAUGGUCAUUGAUUUCCAAUGAGGAAAUGUUUUGUUUUGGGUUUUUUCUUUGUUUUGCUUAUGCUGAAGUACUGUAAUGAUAAAAAAAAAAAAAUGGCAAUGAACCACACCUCUUUGUUGAUAUUAUCAUGCGUUUUGGAGAAGACGAAGAAUACGAAGGUCUGAUGAUUUAGAUACCAGAUGGCUGUUUAUUGUGCAUCCCAGUUGGUGGGAUGUACACUACGUGUAUGUGCGUGUGGGAGUAUGUGAGCGAGAGCAGUCAAGGUUAUGGGGCUGGACACAGACAUGCAGAAUCAUGAAAUCAGUCCCUUAAAAAUGGUGUAUGAAAUUGGCUGGUUGCAUCUUGAUAUAAACUCGUAUUUCUAAAAUUACACUAUUCAAUUCAGCCGACAAGAAAUUGGGCUCAAUUAGCACCUUGGAGGUGUUGUUACAUGUGCUUUGUGUUUUUUUUUUUUGGUUUUUUUUUCCUUGCUGUGAAAUGGCACAAAAGCUGGUAGCUUUCCAGGAGAAAUGGAGUCUGUAAUAGGCGCAGCGAGCCAUGUCGUUGUUGUUUAAUGGUGUUGUGCUACACUGAUUCUUUCUCUCUCUUCUUCUCUCUGGGUAGUUUGGUGGCGCUAGUGCACUGUUUCCUUGCCUGGCUUUCCUGUGUACGAGCUGUGGUAUAGUUGAUUAAAGAGAGCUGUAGAACAGAUGGCUACAUGGCAGUGGUGUUCAUUUCCAAUGCUAACUGCGGUACCUGCUGCCACUAGCGGUAACAGAUGAAGAUGGACAUGGCUGACCCACAGGACAUCUCUGUAUGGCAUGAAUGUGACUCAUGUGGGACUUUGAGUGAUGUGCCAAGAAUCAGCCUCGGGUUUUACGAGUUGCCCCUUGAAAUGUCAUUUUCAAUUCAAAAUGGCAAGAUGAAGGUGUCUCUCACAGGUACCCAGCCUGCUCUAGACUCUUAAUUAUGCAUUGGGUAUAACUGUGCUGACAUCUACACAAUAAACACCCAAUUCAUUUUAUUUUCCCCUACUAUGUGGGCAUAGAAUGUAGUAUUUCUAUAUUGUUACACUGUCAGACAAGGAAGUGACAGGAUGCUCAUAUAUUGAUUUUUAAGUGAACAACUUUUCACAUCACUUUUCAUAUAUUCAUUCAGUCAAGCCAUUAAAAUAUUAUGAAUAAAUAUAGAAAAAAUGUGGAAUAAAUAUCCUCAACCUUUCUGGAUGUUGAAGCCCAGAGUUGCUGCUCUGUGUUCUUAGUCUUGUCAAGGGAACUAAAAUGAUAGCAUUGGGGAAAAAAACCCAUAAAGCAUAAAGUCAUAUGUACUGUACAGUGUGAUUUCAUUUCACAGAACAUUUUUUGGCACAUAUACCUCAGUUGAAAGCCUUUUUUCUGAACCUGAUGUUAUUUCAUGAAAUUCAAGGUCAAGCUUUCGACUAAUGAUUAAUUGCCUUGACAUAAUACAUGAUGUCAGCUGUUGAAAUGUACAGGUGUUUAUACUAAAGACUCACUGGAGUCUCAGGUAACAUCCACCCAAUGUCCAACAUUUGAAAUGCAAAUGCAACUUUCAUCUGAAAAUCGCUCAAUUAAAAAAAAUCUUUUCUUUUUUUUGGGCCUCUUCAGAGUUCAUCCAUACUCACACGGGUCAUGCCAAAGAGGGUAGGCAUUAUUCUGCUACGGCCUGCUCCACCUCCACUCCACUCCCCCUUUCUCCCACCCACAGCCACAAAUGGUACAGUCUGCAGCCACAGCCACAACAAAACACCAUCAUUACCAGCCCAGCUCAAAGGUGUCACAUCAAAGAUCUUCCAUCCCUUUCAUACGUCAUAUGAAUCAUCCUCUGAUAAUCUGAAUUGCGCUGUGCCGCAAUGCCUCUCAACAAGCAGAUAGCAAUUCAGCGACGUAACACACUAUUUCUCUCCCCCCAUGUCAUGUGCCUGUCUCUGUUUGAUGGAACACUGCCUCAAACACUCAAGGAGCCUCAAACCCAGAAUGCACUGCACGGAUGGAAUAUUUGCCACAGAAGCACCUCUGGGUGUUUUGUAGUUUUGAAUGUCAUAAUUGAAGCUGCUAAUGAUAUUGACAUUCAAGCGGGAAGCAUCCCUUGCAUUGACAUUCUUUGUCCUUCUGCCCUUAAUCCUGGCUUGGCUGGUGUGACAUUAGGCAAGAGCAGUGUCCGUCGAUGCACUCAAGAUUUUGCUAAAGUCUGCCAAGCUGCAGUGCGUUGUUCGAUGUGCAACUCAUUUUUCACUGUAAAAACAUGGGGAGAGGGUAAAAUCCUGACCUGGGUUCUUCCCAGAUAUUCAUUCAUUGUUUCACAUGAACUAAAAAUGCUCUGAGUAAAAAUAUGUAUCUUUAGGCUACUGUGUCCUUGCAUGAGAAUAGUUGUACAGUAUCAUUUUACUCAGUUCACAUGAACAGGAACUCAAAAAGAUUGAGUGCGUGAGGGCCCCUUGGGCCACAAUGUGUUUUAAUUUUCAUGACAGAUCAUUUUGCAGUAUCUGGUAUCUAAAUACAAGUCAUUGCUAUGGGUCUUUUCCAGAUUCUGUAUGGGCCGCCAUUUCAAAAGUGAGUGUGCAUUUCUAAGGACCUGUGCUAGGGGAUGCUAUAAUAUGAUAAAUUAUAAGUCAAAAUGUCAGAAUAAAUGGAUGUUUGCUGGUUUAGGAGCAUACUUUUGUGAUAGACUUUAGAAUGUUAGUUCUGCAGAAACUAAUUGAAUUAAUUGUCCAAACAAGUGAGAUGAUUCUGUUAUCUUAUAUCUGCAUGUGAACAGUGAUUGUUAGCUAGUUAUCUUGUUUUUUUACAAAAAAUGAAGAAAAUGGUGAAAAAACUGCAGUUCCUGCUUCUACUUUAUUCUUUUUUUUCCCGUCUUGAUUUCUGUCCGAAAAUGUCACGUUGUGUUAUUAUGAAUGUUUGUGUUUUAAUUUAUUUGUGGUUUGCCAAAAUGGAGUUUUUGGAAGCAUGUCACAGGUAUUGUCACAGAAAAAAAAGCUAUGUACCUGAACUCAGUGGAGUCUGGUGUGGGUGAAUCGGAGCCUCUUCAUUGUAUGGAAUAAACUAGACUAAAUGUGUUAUACAGGCCUCACGUAAACAUCGCAGGCCAGUCGGAGCAAAAACCAAACAUGAAUGUGCAAUAAAGUUAAAGGCUCAUUCAACCCUGUA